GCCGGUUUAUCAACUUUCCUGGUUAUGCUGCCGGUGCUAUUUUCGCCUAUUGGCGCCUAUGCAGUAAUAUCAAAAGCUAUUGUUUUGGUGGUAUCAUUGGGUUUGCUACACAGCUUGUUUAUAAUUCCAGUUUUGCUUACGGCUUUACCGGAAUCGAUAUUGAGAUGUUGCUUCAAACGUUAACAUACCGAU